UCAGUUGCACUCAGUUGUCGAGUUAAACACACGCAAAAUGGCUUCAAAGUUCGUAGUUCUUGCUCUUCUGGUAGCGGCUGCUCAGGGCAGUGCCGUCCACGGUGGUGACUACAACAGCUUCUCCUAUGGAGUUUCUGACCCUCACACCGGUGAUGUCAAGAGCCAGCACGAAACCCGUGUGGGUGACAACGUGGUCGGCCAGUACUCUCUGUUGGAGUCCGACGGCACCCGCCGCACCGUCGACUACGCCGCUGACGCGCACUCCGGUUUCAACGCCGUCGUCCGCAAGGACCCGGCCGUCAUCGCCCACGCCGCUCCCGCCGUCUACUCCGCUCCCGCCGUCUACGCCGCUCCCAUCGCCCACGCCGCUCCCGCCGUCUACUCCGCUCCCAUCGCCACCUCCUACGCCGCUCCCGCUGUGGUCUCUUCUCCCUUGGCGUACGCUGCCCGCGUCGCUCCCGUAGCCUACGGCUCCUAUGCCUCUCCUCUCGCCUACAACGCGUACGCCGCCGCUCCUCUUGCCCACGGCUACGCCUACGGUGCUCACGGAGCUGUCGCUGCUCCUCUUGCCCACGGUUACGCCUACGGUGCCCACGGUCUCGGUUACGCCGGACGUCUCUACUACCCCGCGGCAUCCCUUCCGCCAGUCUUAGCCGUGGCCGACGAGCAAGCUCAAGCCGGCCCCGUUGCCCGGGGUACACCUCCAGGAGAAGCAAUGGCAGCUAAGUUGGUUGUAGUACUCGCCCUGGUGGCCGUGGCCCACUGCUCAGUGGUGCCAGUAGCGCGAGCAGACGCCGACUACACGAGCUUUGCGUACGACGUGGCUGAUCCCUACACUGGCGACUUCAAGAGCCAGGUCGAGACCCGCGUCGGCGGCAACGUUCAAGGACAGUACUCGCUUCUCGAGUCCGACGGUACCAAGCGUACCGUGGACUACACAGCCGAUGACGUUAACGGUUUCAACGCUGUCGUACGCAAGGACCCCGCUGUUGUUGCCACACCCGUGGUAGCUGCUGCUCCCGCUGAAGCCGCUGUUGCUCCAGUUGUUGUUGCUGCACGCACCAUCGCCACACCUGCCGUUGUCGCCUCCGCUCCUGCUGUUGUUGCGGCUCGAACUUAUGCCGCUCCUGCUGUCUACGCUGCCGCUGCCCCAGCGGUUGUAGCCUCUCGUACCUACACCCCUGCAGUGUACGCUGCCUCAGCUCCUGCAGUCGUGGCUGCCCGUCAAUACGUUGGUCAUUCAGUAUACGCCGCCUCAGCUCCCGCUGUAGUAUCUGCCCACACUUACUCCUCUCCCACCGUGUACGCUGCCUCUGCUCCUCUCGUAGCCACCCGUACCUACUCCUCACCCGCAAUCUAUGCCGCCUCUGCUCCCGCUCUUAUCGGCGCUCGCACUUACGCCUCUCCCUACUACGCGUCUCCAUACUACGCGAGCUAUGGCGUGCACUCCACCCCCAUCAACUACUGAUAAAUAACGACAAAGCCUUCAUAAGGUGACUUAGUUUUAGACUUAUUCGAAACUGCCUUGUAAAUAAUAAUAUUUUUUACAUAUAUGUAUGUAUAUAUAUAUCUAUGUAUUAAAUUAAAUGACCUCUUUAUAUACACCUACAUCGUUUU